AUGGCGAAAUGUUGCUGCUGCUGUGAUCGAACUCAAGUGAAGAAGGGAGUUUGGACGCUUGAAGAAGACCAAAAGCUUAUUUCUUAUGUUAAUAGAUAUGGCCAUUGGAAUUGGAGGCGACUUCCAAAAUUUGCAGGGCUUUCGAGAUGUGGAAAGAGUUGCAGGUUGCGAUGGAUGAACUACUUGAGACCCGAUAUCAGAAAAGGGGGUUUCUCGAAGAAAGAGGAAGAAAUUAUAGUCAAAAUGUAUGCCGCUAUCGGUGGCAGAUGGUCUACCAUGGCUUCCCUAAUGCCGGGAAGAACAGACAACCAUAUAAAAAAUCAUUGGAAUACAGUUUUAAAGAGACGAGUAUUGCAGAAGAAUGUGUCAAGAACAAUGGCAAACAAACCACCACCACCACCACCACCACCACCGUCACCGCCGCUGCCGCCGGCGACAACAAGUCCAAUUCACGAAGGGUUUUCCGGUGAGAGUCUGAGCUCAAACGAUAACUCCACGCUCAUUAUUGAUUCAACGGCUCUAGAGAGUGUACUAAUUCAGACCAUUGAAACGCCGACGGCCGGAAAUAUCGACAUGCUGCCGGCGAAUGAUCGGCCGCCGGUGAGUUCCUCCGGCGAUUUUUGGACUGACCCUUUAUGGCUGGACUCAGAUUUUGACCUGCCAUUUGAUUAUCAGUAUCAAGGCCUUGGAGAACCCAUUGUUUCCAAAUUUGGAUUGGAUGAAUAUAUUUUUCAAGAAGAAUUAUAUUAAA